AGGUGAUUGAAAUUAUAAUAAUAAAAAAUAUAAAAUAGAGACGAAAUGGGAAUUUGUAAAACAUCAUACCCAAUAAAUAGCCCAUUGUAUGAAGAGGAAUUUGAUUCAAAAUUGAAUAUAGAAAUUGAAGAAAUUGGAGUUUUGAAAAUGUCUUGCCCUGCCUCUUUCCCUUUGAAGGAGACUUUCUUUAUAUCUCAUGGAUCACCCACUCUUUCCAUUGAUGAAUCUUUGCCUGCGAGACAUUUCUUGAAAGGUUUUAGAGAUAAAUUUAUGAAUCAUCAGAAACCUAAUUCAAUUUUGGUGAUUUCUGCUCAUUGGGAGACUUCUGAACCAACUGUUAAUUCAAUCCGUGGCCGCCAUGAUACCAUUCAUGAUUUCUAUGGAUUUCCUAAAUCCAUGUAUCAGCUCAAGUACCCUGCACCAGGAUCUCCAGAAUUGGCAAAAAAGGUGAAGGACGCUCUCAUGGCAUCUGGAUUCUCCACAGUGCAUGAGGACAAAAAACGUGGUCUGGAUCAUGGUGCAUGGGUCCCUCUCAUGCUUAUGUAUCCAGAAGCGGACAUUCCAGUCUGCCAACUUUCAGUGCUGCCCAAUAGGGAUGGUACUUAUCAUUACAACAUGGGAAAAGCAUUGGCUUCCCUCAAGGAUGAAGGUGUCCUCAUUAUCGGUUCUGGAUCUGCCACUCACAACUUAAGGGCUCUCGGUUCAUCCAAGAAUGUUGCUUCGUGGGCUUUAGAGUUUGAUAAUUGGCUUAAGGACGCCCUUCUCAGUGGAAGGCAUCAAGAUGUUAAUAACUAUGACAUGAAGGCGCCGCAUGCAAAAGUUGCACACCCAUGGCCCGAGCACAUCUAUCCGUUACAUGUAGCGCUAGGUGCUGCUGGUGAAGGCGUAAAUGGAGAACUUAUUCACCACAGCUGGGAUCUAGGUGCACUUUCUUACGCUUCUUACAGGUUUCCUAGCCUAAAUAGGUCUUCAUAGUUGAAUCCUUAUGUGUAUUUGUAGUUCUGAUGAUGGUGUUAUAUGUUGUAUAAUAUUCUGAAAGUGAAUUUGAUUUAUAGAAUAAAAUGUAAAGACUGAAGUUGAUGUAUCUAGAAGGAGGAGCUGAAAUGUGAUAAAGGGUGGUUGAGAUAA